AUGCCAAAUAAUCGCUAUCACGACGAAACCCCCAUGUCCUCCUCGGGCAACUCUACCCCCGCCCUCUCAAACUCCACAAGUUGGGCUGUCCCGACCAUUUCCACCGCAGUCACUGGAUUACUGCGACGUUUUUCCACCGAACCUUCUACUCAUUCGGGUAACGGCAAUGGGAAUCAUCACCACAAUACUUCCAAUCACGCAAAAUCCCAAUCUCCAUCAUUCUCCCCAGCACAAAAUGGUAUUCAAGGCGUCUACACACCUCCUCAUCGAACAGCAUCGCCUUUUCAACCACCGCCUUUGUAUCCGGUGACGUUGAAGGGGUGGAGAGAAAAUACAGAUCCCUCUGCGCAGUUGUUGAGCCGCGCAUUGGCGGAGGAAAUUAGAUUACUGGUUCCCCCACGCUUACAGUUGUGCGAGGAAUGGAAUUUGGUUUAUAGUUUGGAACAGGAUGGGGUUAGCUUGGGCACGCUUUAUAAGAAGUGUGAUGACUUGAGGGGUUUGAGGAAUGGCUUUGUAUUGGUCGUUAAGGAUGGAGAGGGUGGGUUAUUCGGCGCAUACCUGACAGAAGCACCGCACCCCGCACCUCACUAUUUCGGCACAGGAGAAUGUUUCCUCUGGCGCGCGACCAUCCUUUCCUCCUCCCUCCUAGCAAAUCUUCCCCCUCCCCCUUCCUCCGACACAACAAACUUGCAACGCUCAACCACCAUCGGCGCUCCUCGAAAUCAAAACCAUAACCCCGCCCAUCCCUCUUCACUCCUCUCUCCCACCUUCUCCCAACACCCUCCCAAAUCCCCCUCCUCCAUUAAAUCAGGCGCCAGCACGCCCGAACGAAUCCGCUUCAAAGCCUUCCCCUACUCUGGAAUAAACGACUACAUGAUGCUCUGCGAAACGGGCUUUCUAUCAAUAGGAGGUGGAGAUGGGCAUUAUGGACUCUGGUUAGAUGAUACCUUUGAGAAGGGCGUAAGUAGCAGUUGUCCAACAUUUGGAAACGAACCAUUGAGUGAUGAAGGGGAGAAAUUUGAUAUCAUCGGGGUGGAAGUGUGGAGUAUUGGGAAUUAA